GCCUCCUGUACGGGGACAGGCCCGACUUAAAAGUGGGCUGGAACAUCCAAACCUUUGCCAAGAUUGGCACGGAGGCGUUGCACGAGAGGACCAAAAGGCGACGGGAGGGCACUGCGCGCCCAGGCGAAUGGGUGAAUGGGGGAACACUGCGACGCGACCCGCGGGAGCGCGGCUGCUCAUCCGCCGGAGAAGGACGAGUUGAGACAACGGGAGCGGGAAGCUCGGUGCGGCCCAGGGGGGGGGGGCCGGGGACGUAUUGAAGUAAGAAGAGGCGCCAUGAAAUCUGGGGAACUGCAACAAGGACCUUGGCCGCCGGGCCGCCCGAUGCGCCGGCGACCCGAUGAUCCGUCCCCGCCGCGCCACACUCAACGCGCACCGGCGCAGAGUGGAUCCCCGGCGGCCGUCGCGGCGCUGUCAGGCGGCCUGCGGGCACUCCGCGCGCCUGGGCUGCCCCAGGACGUGUCCGCGAAGGUGAUCCUCUCCGACCCCGCGAGGGCUUCCGUGCGAGCAGCUUCGCCAGCCGUGCUGCGCCGUCCACGGGAGCUCAAGGCAGUUUCUUGCUGAGCAAGUGCCGUCGGCCCAAACCGCUCGAGACAAACGGGCUGCGGGCCAAACGCGUCAGGGGCACUGCCAAGGUUGGGGGCGGGCUGGGUGGACCGCAGAGGGGGCAACGAAGCCUCAGAAGCUCCGAUCUUCGAUCCUCGAUCC